AUGUCUUUUAUCGAUUAGAUUUUUAGAUUUAGUCGUAUUUGAUGUAUUAUUACUUUGUUCAAAAUUAUGUGAUUAAUAAUUUGCAAUCAAUGAAAUUAAUAAGUUCUUAUGAAAUUAAUUAAGUUCUUAUUAUAAAGUUUUUGAAAGUGUAUUAUUGCUGAAUGAAUUGUUUAUAUAAUAUAAUCACUCAAAAUUUUAUUUAUUGUUAAUUUGUUGUAAAAUAUUAUGAAAUAUUAUUUCAAAUAUUGCAUUACAAAUUUACAAUAAAUUUUGUAUUAUAAUUAUGGUGAGCCAUAAUAAAGUCAAAGUCUCCAAGUUGUUGAAAAUAAGAUGAAAAGAAUAAAUCAGAUCACCAUUAUAUAUCGCGGCGAAAAUCGUUAAAAAAUCUGAACAAUGACAAUCGCGGAGACCACAGAAUUGAAGAUGAAUUCUACGGGGGUUUCCAAUACCAUUGACGGGAUCCUCAAUCCCUUGAAUAACAGGGAUCCGCAACAAUUGGAACAACAGAUCUCCAAUUCUAAUACGGAGGUAAAUCCCCUACUAGAGUCCAAUCGAGUUGAUCAUUCAUCGGUGAAAAUUGACACUUCUAUCAUGAAAUCAAAGAAAAUGGACAAGGAGGAGGAUGAUUGGGCGUCGAUGAAUACCUCAAGAAGAGAUCCGGAAGUGAAUGAUUGUAACGCGAUCGUUCCACCUGAUGGCGGUCUCAGAGCUUGGAUGAUUAUGAUAGGCAGUUUCGUUAUUAAUGGUGUUCUAUUCAGCGUCAUAAACACGUAUUCGUUGAUCUAUCUAGAGUUGCAGAAAAGAUUGCUGGAGUCUGGAGAAACGGCGGCGUCUUCGAAAGCGGCGUUGGUAGGGUCAUUAACCAUCGGUACAACGUUCUUUCUAUCGCCAAUUUCUGGCAUUCUCACUGAUAAAAUUGGGAUUCAGAUGACCACAUUUUUGGGUGGUGCUCUUGCAUCCAGUGGUAUGCUUCUGUCCUCGAUAUUUUCUAGCAAGGUGACAUUACUCUAUUUGACCUACGGAGUGAUGUACGGUCUCGGUGCGAGUCUUGCCUACACGCCUAGCCUAGCGAUCUUGGGCCAUUAUUUUAAGAGAUACUUGGGCUUGGUCAAUGGGAUCGUCACGGCUGGAAGCUCUAUAUUUACGACCCUUAUGCCAUACCUGAUUGAGGUCAUACUCCGCCGUUUCGGUUUGGAAGGCACGUUGAGGUUCUUAGCUAUGCUCACGGCGAUCGUCAUGCCUUGCGCUAUACUUUUCAAACCGAUUCCACUUAACUCGAUGCCAAAGGAUCAACUAAAAUCCAAAUCGAGCUUCAAAAACUGUGUCAAGCAAGUGAUAAACGUCUCGAUAUGGAGGAAAAAACGUUACGUAGUGUGGGCUAGCUCCAUUCCCCUCGCUUUGUUCGGAUAUUUCGUCCCGUAUGUUCACAUAGGAAAAUUCGUGGCGACGGUGUUCAAGGACGCGGACGGGAAGCUCCCGAUCAUGUGCAUCGGUAUCACUUCCGGUAUUGGUCGAUUACUCUUCGGUUAUAUUGCUGAUUUGCCGAGGGUAAACAGAAUAUUGUUGCAACAGAUAUCGUUCUUUAGUAUUGGUGCUCUCACAAUGCUUCUCCCUGUUACACCUUCAUUUAUAAUAUUGCUACUUAUUUCUUUGGCCAUGGGAUUAUUCGAUGGUUGUUUUAUAUCCCUUUUGGGCCCCAUUGCAUUCGAUAUAUGCGGUCGAGAAGGAGCGACACAAGCAAUAGGAUUUCUGUUAGGCAUGUGUUCUAUACCUUUGACUGUGGGCCCACCCAUAGCUGGUUUUCUAUAUGAUCAUACAGGUACCUAUGAUCUGCCUUUUUUCUUAGCCGGUAUUCCACCAAUAGCAGGGGCACUCACGAUGUUCCUGAUAAAAUUUGUAAAGGAUGAUGAGCAAAAUAGCGUUACCGCGAACACAGGGGAUAAAGCUGCUUGUCAGAAUGGGUGCUCCAGUAUCACCUUUCUGUCUCCGUAUCUUGUCUCUGGUCUCAAAUACGAGCAACUAAACUGGAAGGUGAUGUGUCGAGGCGUGCACGACCACUCGUCGAGAUGUUGCGGAUAUCACGAGAGCAACACUUGCCAGGAACAAGAGAACGAGUGUCAAGAUCGUUGUGAACACUCAGAGAGCUUGCCAUUGCUCCACGAUGAGGAUUGGUCAGCUUCUGGCCGCUUUCAACGGAUGCUUCAAUCAUCGAUGCUUCUGAAUUAAUUAGAUCAAGGAUAAAUACGCCAUUUAGAAGUCACUGAUUGAUUCCAUUUUUUGAUAAAUUUUAGAUUAAAAUAUGUGAUUAGUUUUUUAACUUUUUUCCAAAAAUCAUGUAUGUUUCAUAAAUGAUUUAUUAAUUUUAAAUAUUAUUAAAGAAAUUAUUAAAUUAUUUAUGAUUAAGAUUAAAUUGUAAAUUUCUUUUUUUUUUGAUAAAAUUUAACAUUUGAUUGCAUAGUACUAUCUUUUAUUAUAAUGACAAUAUGUCCUAUGAUUUAUGAAUGAUAAUGAAAUUGAUGAAAUCAAUCAGUUUUGAAUUUCUAUAUUAUUCAAAUAUAGCUUUUCUCUAAAUGAUAAUAAUAAUUUAAUAAAUUUUGUAUUAACAAUUCUUUGGUAAUCGAAUUUACAUUUAAUCUAUUGAUAUUAAUUAGUGGACUUACAGCUAAAAAAUUUAGAAUCACUUAUUUAAUAAGAAAGAAUAAAAAAAAUUGAAUUUUUUAAAAGAAGAUAAUUAUAUGCAAGUAUUUUAAAUUAUUAACUAUAAUGUGAAAAUUUUAAUUAAAAUUAUUUAAAUUUUUACAAUUUUAUUUAAAAUAUUUAGACGAUUUUACUUCUGAGUUAUUAUUUGCAUAUAAGAAAUCAAAAAACAUAAAAAUCAAAACUAUAUUUUUAUUUUUAUUUCAUUCUUUCUUCAUUUUAAAACUUUUGAGCAAUAAAAUGAAAGUGAAUUCGGAAAGCAGCGACAAAAUCGAUAGAUUUUAAGGCCACUCUGACUAAUCUUCAACGUUUAAUCCAUGCAUAAAUGUCAAUUUUUUCAUGUUUCUUAAUGACAACGAAUGUUUGUAGUUUUCUAUAGUUGUUGAAGAAACAUAAAAUGAGAAUUUUUAGCGCGUUUGUGUUAAAUAGAAAUCAAAACAAAUAAAAAAAAUAGAAAAAAAAAUGUUUUAUAAAUUGAAAAUGAGAAAAAUCUUAUUCAUUUAGGAAUAAGACUUUUUUCUCAAUUCGUUCUGUGUUCAAAAAAAAGCAAUACUCGUGUCAAUAUUUUUAAAAAAAAGAAUCCACAUGUAUAAAUUUUAUUUUUGAUUUAUUCGAGUCAAUGUUAUAUAUGUAAAAAUUUAUGGAAACUGGUCUUUUUAGAUGAAUAAUGUAAUAUAAUAGUGUUCAAAACCAUAUCGUGUUUGCUGCGUAAAUUUCUUUGAUAUAUAUAUAUUUUUUUAAUGCAAAUAGAUCUGAUGUAGAAAUGAGAAGUGUUUGUAGAAUGAAUUGUUUUAGAAGAAAUCAAAACAUUUACUUGCAAGUUUCAAUUUGAUGAUAUUUGAAACUGAAAACGAUUAUUUUAAUUUUACACUCUAAACGUCAUAGGAAUUUUUUAAUUAUAAAUUUAAUUUUAUUAACAAUGAUUUUAUAAGUUAAUAUUUUUUUAUCUGCAUUUUUCUUAUCCUUAAUUCUUCAUAUUGUAAAAGGAAUAUGAUUUAUUUUAAAAAAAAUUUAUUUCUCGUUAAUAGACGUUGUCGUCAUAAACGUUACGAUGAAAAAUAUAGAAAUAUCAUUGUUACAUAUUAAAACAAUAAAUUUAGAAGUUAAGUAAAAUUGUUAUAGAUGAUAUGGAUGAUUGUAAUUUUUGUAAUUAAUUGAUAUUUCUUUACCAUUUUCGAGAAGAGAGAUUUUAAUAUUGUAUACUAAGAAUAUUGUAUACUAUUUCCUAAAAAUUUCUCUGUUACAUGCCAUUUUAAUCAUUUAGCCAAUUAAUGAAUCAAUUAAUGUUAAAGAAUUUUAUAUAUUUUUAUAUUCGAUCAUUAUUUUUCUUGUAUAUUUGAAAAAUUCGAUCAUUCUCUGUACGAUUAUGUUUAAUUUCGUAAAAUUCAAUUUAUAUAUAUUUUUUUAUACAAUUUAAUAUUUCAAUCAUGAUUAUUAAUAGUAUAGUGUAUUCUAUAUUCCUAGUGAUAAUAGAGCAAAAAUGUUAUUUUUUUCGUAAUAUUGUACAUAAAAUAGUUAAAAACAUUGUUAACUUACGCAGAAAUACGUGAAGACAAAUAAAGAAAUAAAAAUAUUAUAAAAA